AUGCCUGAGAACGAAGUCGACGAAACCGAUUGCUGUGGCAAUGGAUGCACCAAUUGCAUUCUGGAUAAUCCGCCAAAGCUCAGUCAACAAGCAUUGCUGGCUGGCAAACGAAAUGUCAUCCUAAGUUAUGCCAGAUUCAAGAUGCUCAGCAAUGUAGUCCACAAUGGUGAUGAACAAUUGAGAUUACUACAUUUUGUCUACGUCGCUUCGGAUGAUGAAGAAAAUGAUAGUAUUUUGGACAUUCCGCCGGGUCAUCAUGUAAUGUUGCGCGCAGAGCUAGCUGGACAUGCUGCACCUUUACUGCGUCCCUACUCACCUUACUGGACGGAUUUUGUUGCAAAAGAAUUCAAAAUUCUAGUCAAGCUACAGCCGGGUGGACCUAUGUCCGACUAUUUAGCAGCUUUAGAGCCCUUGCAAGUGCUUAACUUUCGUGGACCCAUUGGCAACUAUGUGCAUGAUUCAAGUAGUCCCAAAUCCAUAUAUAUUAUAGCCCAAGGCGUAGCUAUUGCCCCCACGCUGCCAAUUGUCGCCCAAGUGCUGGACAACGAGGAUGACAUGAGCUGCAUACGGCAUUUGAUGUGUGUCAAGGACUUGCAGCAUGUCUAUUUUCGCGGUCGUCUGCUCGAAUUUGCCAAAUACUGGAAUUACCGCAGCUGCCUCUAUCUGGCGCACCAGAAGUGCGGCUGUGGUGCCGCCACCUGUGAUGAACUCUGCGUGCAUCUGAAAAAGGAGCUGCGCUACAAUGAAAGAGCGCGUAGACUGCGCCUGGAUGCAAUGCAGUUGGCAGCCCAGAAAAUAUCCAGUAAUCAAAAUGGUUCCAUUGUAAUCAUUGCUGGAAAUUCAACAUUUCAGCGCUCUAUACGCGAGCAAGCCAUCAUUGCCUUUAAAUUGUCAGAUGAAAAUAUAUAUCUAUUAUAAACAAUA